AAAAAUAUUCUACUACCCCCACGACCCCUCACUCACCUCCUGGACGAAGAAGAAAAAUCUCGGCUUUUUCUCCUCGGCCGCUUCAAGAACGCCAUGGAAACCUCUCGCGCUCGCUCGCUGUGAUUCCUGCUGCGAGUGCGAGCUCCUCCCAACCACGCUCUGAAUAGCCGUUCCCUUCUCCUGCCUUUGCUCUGCACGCCGCACCGCACGUCCUCUCCGAAGCAGAGACGUUCCCGUCCGUCCGUUCCCCGUGGCCAUGGCCGCCGCGCCCUCGUCUUGCUGCGCCGCGACCGCGUCCACCAGCGCUCCGCUUCGCCCCGCGCGCGUCCAGUGCAGCGCGCCUUGGGUACCCGGUGCCACCCGGAGCAUCUUCAGGCGCAGGCAGCUUCAGCGGCGGCAGAGAGAGCUGUCCGUCCGCGCCACGGCCGCCGCGCCGCCGCCGCCGCCCGUUGACUACGCGGCGGACGCCGCCACCGGCGCCGGCGCUGACUACGUGGCCUCGCUCAAGAUCAAGCUCCUGAGCGCGGUGUCCGGGCUGAACCGCGGCCUGGCGGCGAGCCAGGAGGACCUGGACCGCGCGGACGCGGCGGCGCGGGAGCUGGAGGCGGCGGGCACGGCGGCGGGCGGGCCCGUCGACCUCAACGGCGGGGACCUCGACAAGCUGCAGGGCCGGUGGCGUCUCCUCUACAGCAGCGCGUUCUCGUCGCGGACGCUGGGCGGCAGCCGGCCCGGCCCGCCCACGGGGCGGCUCCUCCCCGUCACGCUGGGCCAGGUGUUCCAGCGGAUCGACGUGGUCAGCCGCGACUUGGACAACAUCGUGGAGCUGGAGCUCGGCGCGCCGUGGCCGCUGCCGCCGCUCGAGGCCACGGCGACGCUCGCGCACAAGUUCGAGGUCGUCGGGACGUCGGGCGUGAAGAUCACGUUCGAGAAGACGACGGUCAAGACCAAGGGCAGCCUGGCGCAGCUGCCGCCGCUGGAGGUGCCACGCGUCCCGGACAACCUCCGGCCGCCGUCGUCGUCGUCCAACGCCGGGAGCGGCGAGGGCGAGUUCGAGGUGACGUACCUCGACGACGACACGCGCAUCACCCGCGGGGACAGGGGCGAGCUCAGGGUGUUCGUCAUCGCGUGAAAGCUGACCUGACCUGACCUCCGACGGAUCUGCCGGCCGGCUUGUGUGUGAGAUUGCCAUCCCUCUUCUUCUUCUCCGGUCGAUUUUUGGUUUGUGCGUCUGACCAUGUUCUGCCAUUCUGUUCUUCGUGAAACUGAAUUUGCGAUUAGCUGAUGUAUAAUGAAAAAUUCGUAGAAUUGGAUAUGUAGAGUGGGGGUAAAGAAGUGUCUCUUUUCAACGCAAAAAUGGAAUUUCGUGGAAUUGUUCACAA